CCACCGCUAUCCUUCCCCUCCGCGCACGCGACCAUGGCGGAACCUGAGCUGCAGCUGGUGGCGCGGCGCAUCCGCAGCUUCCCCGACUUCCCCAUCCCGGGCGUGCUAUUCAGGGACAUCUCGCCCCUCCUGAAGGACCCGGAUUCCUUCCGCGCUUCCAUCCAUCUCCUGGCCAGUCAUCUGAAGACCAAGCACGGAGGCAAGAUCGACUACAUCGCAGGCGAGUGGCCGCGCCCGGCCUUGCCCGUCUCCCCUGCCCAGGCUCCCCCAUCCUUCUUCCCUUCCUGUUCCCCGUAGCCUGUCCCACAGCCAUUCCUUCCUUCAUCACCCCCUGGCCCUCAUCCCGCCGUUCUUCCCCUGGGCGUUGUCCAGUGAGUGACUACUCUCCCCCCUGCGGGACCACCUCUGACCUCUGAUACCCUCACUGCCGGUUCCUGCUAGAGAUGGCCUCUGCUGUACCCUCGAGUCCAGGGCUAGCCUUUCCUCUUACAGGGUGCAAGGUUGGCUAGCACUCU